AUGACAGUUUUAAGCGCAGUAAUUAGUACUAAAAGUAAAAUAUUGGUUUCACGACAAUUUCGUAAUAUUAGUAAGUGUGAUUUAGAUUCAUUAACCAUACCAUUUCAUAAUUUAAUUGAAAGAGAACGAAGUGAUCAUACAUAUAUAGAAACGGAUAAGGUGAGAUAUGUUUACCAACCUUUAGAUAACAUAUAUAUAUUUUUAAUUACUAAUAUUAAUUCAAAUAUUAUAGAAGAUUUAGAAAUAAUUAAAGUUUUAAGUCAAAUAAUUCAAGAUAUAUGUCAAGGGAAUAUAAAUGAAAGUACUAUAUUAAAAAAAUGUUUUACUAUAAUAUUUUAUAUUGAUGAAUUAAUAAAAAAUGGCGUGAGAGAAAUUGUUAAUAGUAAUCAAAUAAAAACUUAUAUUGAAAUGGAAUCUCAUGAGGAGAAGUUACAAACAAUUAUAAGAGAAAAUAAAGAAAAGGAGGAAAAAGAAAGAAGAAAAUUUAUUGCCUCUAAAUUAGAAAAGAAUAGACAAAAACAAAGUAAAGUUAGUACUAAUAGUUUCUUAACAAAUGAUUUAAUUAAUAAUUUAGAAUAUACAAAUAAUAUGGAUAUGUAUAAAACUGAAGAACAUGACAUAAUAGAUGAAAGUUUUAAUGCCUAUAAAGGUAUGCAAUUAACAUCUAAUAAAAAAGAAAAUAUACGUAUUCUAAAUGUAGUUGAAAAUAAAAUAGACACAAAACCCCAUAUUAAUGUUAAUUCUAUUUUUGAUAAACCAAUUAAUAUUGUAAUAACAGAAAAUAUUAUAUGUACACUAAGUUCUGAAGGUACUUUAUGUGAUUUAGAUAUACAAGGUACAUUCAAUCUACAAAUUAAUAAUCAUAAUUAUUCAAAAGUUAUAGUCGAAUUAGAUAAUGAAUAUUCAGAAAAAGCUAAAAUACAUCCCAUAUUAGAUAAAAAUAAAUAUAAUUCUAAUAUAUUAGAAUUAAAAGAUAAAAGUAAAAAUUUCAGAAUUAAUACUAUUUAUCCAUUAUUAAAAUGGAAAAUUAAUCAUAUCAAUGAUUCAUAUAUACCUCUUAAUAUUAGUUGUUGGCCAUGUGAAGAUAAUGAAAGUACAUUAUUAAGUUUAGAAAUUGAAAAUAAAAGAAAUAAUAAUGAUGAAAUCAUUUAUGAUCUUCAUGUUAAUUUAAUGUGCCCAUCAGCACAUAAACCACAAAUCAUUAGUAAUGAUAAAGGAAUUAUAGAACAUGAUGGUGUCUUAUUAGCUUGGAAAGUAGAUGAACUCAAAAAUAAUCAAUCUUGUCAAAUUGAAAUAUCUAUUCAAGCAAAUCCAGAAAGCGUCUUCCCAUUUUCUGUGGAAGCUAAAUCGAACAUGUUGGCACACAAAUUAAACGUUUUGAAAGUGUACGACGAAGAUACGAAGAAAGACAUUGAAUAUGAAAUAAAAAAGAAUAUCACAUAUUUAUUUACCAUCAACAAAUGA